AUGAAACAAGAGAGCAUAAACUAAACUGUAUAUGACAGACUAUAUCAAGAUGCUCACAAUAAAAAGCUGAAAAAACAAUUGCAAUUAUCAGAAAACAAGUCUAGCAGUUAGAUUAUGAAAUCUCAAGAAUCAGAAGUGAAUUAUGGUUUGAUACUCUAUUAAAAGGGAAUUCAAAAAAAAGAAGAGAAAUUACAAAAGGCUGAAAGUGCAAGAAAAGACUUACAAAAAUCUUAACUUGUUGAAUGUACUCACAAACCUCAAAUCAAUUCUCUCUCAUCUAAAAUUGCAUAACGCUCCCCUAAACCAGUCGGUGAACAUUUAAAUGAAUUAGCAAAGAUAAUAUAAGAGAAAAGAGAGAAUGCUCAAAAUUAUAAGUUGGAAUUGGAAUAACAGAGUUGUUCUUUUCAUCCUUAAAUCAAUAGAGUUUCCUCUUCAAUUGUCGACGAGAAAAAGAAAUAAUCCUAAAUAGCAAUCCCUCAUUACGAAUCAUUGUAUUAAGAUAUGGAUGUGAAACAACAAAAAUUGAAUGAAUUAGAUAGAAAUUAUUUUACUUAGAAACAUACAUUUCAUCCCAAAAUUGAUUAAAUAUCUGAACAAUUAGUUUAAGGUCUAAGUUUUGAAGAAAGAAGACAAAAGUUUAGACACAAAUCCAAAGAAAGAAAUUCCAGUGCUGAUGAAAGCAAUAUGUUUAGACCAAGGACAGGAAGGCCACCUGAAUAAAGGCCAGAAAAUUUGUUUGAUAAUCUAUAUAAAGAUGCUUAAUUAUUAGCUUAAAAAAGGGCAGCAGUUUUAUCUUGCAGCAAAGAAAGAAUGAUGAAUUAAUCAAAAGUAAGAGCCAGUUAGAAAUCUGAAUUCUUAACACAACAAGCUAUUAUAAAUUCUCUUGCCAAUAUUUUUGAUUUGAUUGAUACUGAUGAUGACGGCGAAAUAGAUGCCAUUAGAAUAAAUCUAGGAAAUCUUAAUUAAACUGUCAUUCAAAUACUCUAACCACUAUUCUCUGAAAUGGAAGAAGGUAGGCAUGUUCUUUCUAAAAGUGAAUUCAUUGAAUCUGCAAUGAGAUUAGUAUACACUCUUUCAAACAAAGAAAAACAUGACUUAUUGAAGAAGCCGAACUCAAAAAAAUCUGAUGUACCAACCUAUACUUUUCAAGUGUAACAUUUUCAUUAAUUUUUAGCCAUCAAUCAAUUAAAGACCUUUAAAACAUUCUGGAUCGAAAAAUAGAUGAAAGUUUACAGUAAUUUAUUUGUUUAAGAUUAUUGA